CGCUUUGGAGAGGAGAAGGACGCGAGAGACCGUGCGCCGCUAGUCGGUAUACAAACGCAUCGACACCUCAUAAAAGACGCUGCGACCACACACAGUAUUGAGCAAUGUCCGGGAUGUUGGUGACCCCAAAACCUCGAGGGGUGCUGAGCCGUUCCUCCACCCAACUGAUCACAUCAGAUCCCAUUGUAGACGCCCAGGAAUCCAUCCCAGAGCCGAGUACAGAGGGCGAACUGCACCUAGAGGGAGAGAUUGACUGUGGAGAGGAGGUGAUGAGCUGUAGAUUUAACCCUUCAGGAUCUCUGCUUGCUGUCGGCCUCAUCACGGGGACCAUAAAGGUGUACUCCGUGGCCGACGGUAAGUGGGUGCACACCCUAAGGGACGCCCAGUCUGUAGCGGAGCGCCUGCCUGUGACCGCGCUGAGAUUCCACCCGACCAGACCUGCCUCCAAGGGGGACCUGCUCCUGGCCACAUAUGCUGGCGGUCAGGUGAAGUUCUGGCACAUCUCCACCCAGAGCUGCGUGCGCUCCCUGAGAGAAGAGCGGCAGAUCCUCACCAGCACCUUCACCCCGUCCGGGGGCCACUUCCUGACAGCGGGCUCCAGCGAUGAGAUCCUUGUGUACAACACCGACACCAUGACGUGUGUGAACAUCUGCCAGCCCAGCCCCUCCCUGUCUGUGAUGGACGGCCACCGCUCCCGCAUCUUCGGACUUACGUUCCACCCCUUCAGCGAGGAGCAUUUCAUCUCCGGGGGCUGGGACGACACCGUGCAGUUCUGGGACAUCAGGCAGAAGCAUUCGUUAAGGAGGAUCUCCGGGCCCCACGUGUGCGGAGACGCCCUAGACAUCGAUCCUGACACACAGCAGAUCCUCGUCGGCUCAUGGCGGAAGGAGGAGAAUCUGCAGAUCUGGGAUUCUCAGACUGGACAGAAGACACAGACUGUGCCCGAUGACUACCGUGGACCGUCCAGGGUGUACGGCUGUCGCUGGUUGGGCGCAGGUCACAUGAUCGCAGCCGGGAGCGACAUCAACAUGUGCCGAAUCAUAGACCGCAAUUCCUUACUGACUCGGGGGAGCCUGGUGGACCUGCCCGGCGGAGUCUACAGUCUGGACGUCUCGUCUGCCGGACCGCCGCUCGCCCCUCUUCUAGCCGUUACCUCCAGUCACAGACUCUUCCUGCUGCGUCCUACAGGCAGCGCCUUUUCCUGACGACCACUACUCCCAUCCUCCAUGGCAGUGAUUUAUCUGUUGUAAUGGUGAUAUGUAUAGUCACCACACGGACGCCCCCGGCACUGACCAAUCGCAGCACGCGGUUCACUCCGGUAUCAGUUGUAAUGUCCAUGACCCCCACAAAUAAAUAUUUCCGAUUUCUUCA